CGGGGGGGGGAGAGAGAGAGGGCGCGCGGAGGUUUGAACCGUUGGAGCCGCGCGAGGCGGAGAGGCUGCGGGGCUGUCGGCACACAGGCCGCGCCGAUAAUCAUGACUUCAGAGCAAAGCAAAAUCCGGAAACUGUCGGAGGAAGUUCGAAAACUGUCAGAGGAACUUGCUCAAUGUCAGGCUGAUAAAGAAUUUGUUUGGUCAUUGUGGAAGCACCUGCAAGUAGCAAACCCAGAUCUUACCCAUGCAAUCAGUUUGGUUAUAGAAAGGGAGAAGCAGAAAGCUGAAGUUAAGGACAGGAAGAUUUUAGAAAUUCUACAAGUCAAAGACAACAAAAUACAAGAACUUGAAAAGCAGGUUGCAGGCCAACAGAAGGAAAUAAACAACUUAGUUCAACGGAAAGUUGCUGUAGAUGAAGAAAAUGAAAGGCUGCAGAAAGAAAUUACCGAUUUUGAGGUAAAGCUCAAGAAUACAAGCAAAGAACAUAAGGACUCUAAGAAACGUGCUCAGAAGAGUGAGGAGCAAACCUGUGUGCUUCUGAAAAAUCUGGAGGAGGAAAAGCAGGGAUUAAGCACACGCUGCUCUGACCUGCUAAAUGACCUGGAGAAGCUAAAGAAACAGGCAGCCCAGUGGAAGGAAGAAAAGUCUGGCAUUGACUCCAAAGUAAAGUUAUUGAAGGCUGACCUCAAAGCAACCAAAAUUGAAGUAGAAGACAUGCACAAUAAAAAUAAUGAGCUGUCGUCUCAGCUUGCAAUCAAAGCGACAGGGUUGACCCAAAAAGAUGCCGAUGUGACCAAACUCAGGAAGGAGUUGAAUGAAUUACAGAAUCUGUACAGCGAAAGCACUGAGCAUGCAAACCAGCAGAAUGAGCUUAUCCAGCAGCUUCAGGCACUCAACCUGGACACACAGAAAGUGCUGCGAAAUCAAGAGGAUGUUCUUACGUCUGAGAAUAAAUCUUAUCAAAAGCUGUACAAUGAGCUGAACGUGCAAUACGAUGCCUUGAAAUCCAGUGAGGCUCGACUUCGUCAAAGUCAACUUUCCCUGACAGCUCUGCUACAUCAAAAAGACCAACAGAUAAGGCAGCUUCUUGAAAAACGUCAGGAAAACCUUGAAUCUACACAAUCUACACUUUACGAAACCACUGCUAAGAAUGUAGAGCAGCGGAUGAGGCGCAAUUCCUGCAGUGAGUUGGAAAGCCUGGUUGCCACUCAGAAAACAGAGAUAAAGUUGUUGAAAGGGAAACUUAUUAAAGCGGCAACUGAAAGGCUAACUGAACGGAUUGGCGGAAGUAACGAAGAUUUGGAGUGGAGUAUCAAUCAUCAAAUUCAAAGAAGACGCAAGGAUCCAUCUGUGAAACGUUCCAGGUCUUUGUCUCCAAAGAGCUGUGCUAGAGAAGCAGAGGAACUGAGGAAGCUACAGAGAUCAGAACACAAGUUUGAAAACCUUGAGAAACUUGUCAAACUUAAGAGCCAAGAGAACGAAGAGUUGAAGAAAGUUCACGACCAGCGUUUGGAACGGCUACAUAUGUUACAGGCAAGCCACAGAGCUUUGAAGGAACAACUGAAGGAGCUGGAGGAUGGAAAUAUCAAAAAUAAAAGCAAAGUUAAAAUACAUCGUGCUGAGCCGUGGCAGCUUCGGCAGGAGGACAGUGAUGCUGUAUGGAAUGAACUGGCAUAUUUCAAACGGGAACACAGAAAGCUAUUGACUGAAAAUGUCAACCUUGGAGAAGAGGUGGAUCAACUGAGGGUGCAAUGUUUUGUGGACAAAGCCACCAUCCAAGAACUGACCAUGUGUUUGGAGCAGGAGCGGGAAGAUCUUCUUUUAAGACUUGAUGAAGAUAAAGGAGUCAAAUGCAGUACACCCAAGGUGGCAACAAGGGAAAAGUUGGAUGAAUCAUUAAAGCAGUUUCAGAUCUCCAAUUUGGAAAAGAAGCUCAAAAGCAUUGAGAAAGAUGCCAGACAUUUGAAAGAAACAAAUACGGAGUUAGCCCAAGCCAAAAUGUCACUCAAAAGAGUCUUAGAAAAUCAAGGCAUGGAAAUAAGAAAACUGCUGAAGGAGAAUGAACAAAUCAGAGAAGAGAAAAAUGAGCUGCAUGUGAUGAUGGAUGAACUAAAGACAGAAGCAUCAUCUCUAAAGCGGCAAAUUGCAGACACUACAAAAUUGAGACAUGAAAAUGCAGCAGUUUUGCAUCAAAUGCAAGCACUGAAGAGGGUGCUUGGCGAAGCUAAGGCUUUCACUGCCAAAACCACAACUGCAGAGAGAGCAAGUUGUGGUCACUGCAGGUGUAAGACAGUAAACCCCAAUGCCAGAGUAAGAAUAAGGAAAAAGAAUGCCAUGAAACGGUACCAGAGUUCUCUCAAUCGAUCCAUCAAGGAGAUGAGCGCUGUGUUUGAGAACUUCAGUAAGGAUGGGUGGGAGGACAUUAGUGAAGACAGUGACUCCAAGGAGACUGCCCCUGAGAGUUUGGGAGAAGUUAUUGUAAAGUCUGCUCAGAAAAGAGCUCUACCAGCAGUAAAAAAUAUGAUAUCUGCUGAAGAAGGAAACAAACAAACAAGUAAACUGCAGAGCAAGAUGAGAACUAAAGCAGAAGUUGACUCAUCCCAAUCUCUUUCCAACGCCUGCAAGGAGAAGAAGCCGAGCCUAGUGUUGGUCAAGCGAAGUAUUUCCUUCUGUGCGUUACAGCAUCGUCUAAAAUCGCUUCAGGGGCAGUUUACUGUCAUUCAAAAUGGAAAGAGAGCAGCCUUAAAUGCUGUCCGUGAAUUAAAGGAAAAGAAACAGAAAUUAACAUCUGAGUUGACUUUCGCUAACCAGAGGUUUCAAGCCAGCAAACAGACAAUUCAGAAGCUGACUUUUGACCUCAAUGAGUUGCAGCAGCAGAAGGAUACAUUGGACAAGAGACUAAACCAGAUGAUGGAGCAGCAGCCCUCAAGCAUAAGGUCAACAGAUGAGCAUUCACCUUUGACCUCGAGCCAGACUCCAACUACUCCCAUCAGAAGCAUGGAAGCAGAAUUGAAGCAGUUGCAGAGUAAAUUAAAGAAUGCAACAAAUGAGAUUUCGAAGCGUGCAAUUACUAUUAAAACAAUGAAAGCAGAAAAACAGUUGAAGGAGGAACAAAUUCGGGAGUUGCAGGAAAAGAUUGCACGUAUGGAGAGAGACAUUACUAUGAAGCGCCAACUGGUAGAGGAUCUGAAAUCAAGACUAAAAUCAAACCAGGAAAAUGAUAAUACUUAUAAGGGAUUGCUUGCGGAUAUGGAAAUGAAGGUGAAAACAUUGACUGAAGAAAGUUCAAGUAGGAAAGCAUUCACAGAAUCACUAAAGCAAAGACUUAAUGUGGCAACAAAAGCAAGGUCACAAUAUGAGCAAAUGUACAACAGAACCAUUGAAGAACUGGAGAAAAAGAACCAGAAACUGCACAACCUCAAAAGCAAGGUGAUUGAAGCUGAAUCUGCAAUGACUGAAAUUGAAACCACAGCGUCCCAGCAGCUGCAUGGACUGGCUAUGCAGAGUGGACAGGCUCUGGAGGUUAUUCAGCAGAAACUUAUUCUUGCUAAUGGAAGAGUGGACGAAUUCAAUACAUUUGUUAAGUGCCUAUCAAGAGAGCUAUACAGAGAAAUUGAAAGCACAAGAACCCUGCUGAAAAAAGCUAGAAAGAAACAGAAAAAACAUAAUGGUCUUUCACAAGAAUCGAUCAACAGAGCCCAGUCCAUGGCAGCAUCCAUUCUUAAUAUUUCACAAAGUGACCUGGAGGAUAUAUUGGAAUUAGAGGAUGAGGAGGAGCAGGAAAAAGCUAAAACAACUUUACAAAAAGAUCAGGAAUGGCUGGCUCAAGUACAAACGAUUAUGGAAAGCCAGCUGCCUUUUGCUUCACGUUUAGCAGAAGUUGUACUGGAGAAGAUGGGAGAGAAAGAGAAACUGUCAGAAGAUUGCGCUUUACUCUUAAAAGUAGAAAGGUGACGGAUUCAUGGCUCAAGUGAAAUGAGAUGACCACUUCAAAUGGCAAUCUUCCGUGGCUAGUGGUCACAGACUCUUAAUUGAUAAAACGUGCACAGAUUCUGUAAUAUUGCAUCAUGUGAUUUUAUUAAAUGAAAUUGAGACAUUUUUCAUGUUUUUUAUUCACUUGUAGAAUUCAGACACACAUGAUAAAAUUGAUCACUUACAUUUCCCAGAGCUCUGCUCAAUUUUUUUGUAAUGCACAUGUAUAAAAUAAUUUAUUGGUUUUGAUGGCUAAUAAGCAGAAAUACCCAUUUUAUAAAUCCUGUAAUUCUGGAUAACAUUGUUUAAUACAUUUCUCCACUUAAUUUAGUAUAUUACAUUAUUUGAAGAAAUUAAGUAUUUAAUAAUUUUUUUUACACAAAUCACAUGAAAUAUUAAUUAUUUGAAAGGAUUUAAUUUACAAAUUAGAGCACAAACAAAAAUCUGACAAUUAUUCUUAGAUUUUGUAGGCCAGUACAAUGUAACACAGUAUCUUUCUUCUAUACUUUACAAAAAGUGUGUUUAAAAUUGUGAGGAUUGAAUUUAUUUUGCCUUGCUGUAAAAAA